UCGUUUGUUUCAGCCGCGGACAUCGUUUCUGAGGAUGACGCUAUCUGAAAACGUCAGCGUGUUCUUCAAGGUUUUUAAGGAUGUGUUUCCAGUUCCCACAAGCGGGAUCGUGACAGUGGCCUUAACGUCGUGUGUUUUGUUCUGCGUGGAAACAUACUUUGACUUGACUCAGGGGGUCCUCAGCAUUGGGUCAAGAGUCUUCCAGAGUGGACACAUCCACAGCCUUCUCCUGUACCCCUUUUACCACCACACUGUCGCUCAGCUUCUCCUGAACAUCACAGCCCUGCUGGUUCUGUGUGGCAGCGUGGAGAAAAGUGUUGGUAGUGUUCACUUCCUCUUCCUGUUCCUCCUGCUCGCCUCCACAACAGGCCUCCUUUACAGCCUCCUGGAUCUCCUGCUGGAUGACAUGCACACUCCCACCGAGGGCCUGCUCCCAGUCACCCUGGCCUGUGUGGCUCUGAUCACCGUGCACACAAAAAUGACCAAAGGUUUUCUCUGUGGAGUCAGUUUUCCUUCCUUUGUCCUCCCUUGGGUGCUCCUCAUGAUCUGCACGGCUCUGAUUCCUCGUAGUGUGCUGCUCUGUAAUGUUAUCGGCGUCCUGGUUGGGUGGCUGUAUGGGAAAGGAUGGCUGUCUCUGAUGGACAUGUCUGAGGCCAGGGCUGCGAUUCUGGAGAAAAUGACGCCCUUCAGGUUGUGGAAGAGUGUCAGCGGAGGCAUGUUCAUUCCUGCGUCCACGGAGGAGAGGAGGAAGACCCUGCUGCCACAAAUAAACCCCCCUCCUGGGUCUUACCCGGUCCAAGCUUAUGCUCCUUUAUCCAGCUUCAACUCUGCCAACACUACAGGCACAACCUAUGAAGGCUGGCCACAUUUAGCCAGUUCCUUUUCUACUUCUGAAACACCUCUUAACCUUUAUGGACACAGUGCAGUUCAUAACGUUGGACACAGUCAUGGACACGGUCAUGGACCCUCGGGCAAUAGUUUUGUAAACAGCUGCAGCCACAGUCACGGUCAAAAACAGUAGUUGUGGUUAUCACCCGUAUGUGUGCAUACGUCUGUAAUGUUAGUAAAAUAUUGUACCUCAUGAAUCACUGGAUGGAUUUGCAUUGGAUGGACCUCUACUAUUAACCUUUGGAGUGAAUCCCAUCCAAGAUGGCCACC